AUACGAGUAAAAAGAUAGGACGAUAUUUUAAAAUCAAGGAGACGUCUGAUAUUGCUUGAAAAGUAGCGGAGACAGUCACAAGAUUGCCAUGACAGAACCCCAGGGUGAAUACGUGUGUACCCUGCCUCCGGAGCUGGUAGAGAAGGCAGAAAAGGAACUCAAUGAAAAACCUCAAUGGCGAAGCAGAGACAUUCAGGCCCUCAGGGACAUGGUUCUGAAACAGAGAGAUUUGAAAGUCCGCACUGAUGAUGCCUUCCUAUUGCGAUUCUUACGUGCCAAAAAAUUUGACUAUGACCGAGCAUUUCAGCUGAUUAUGACACAUUACAAAAUGAAGGUCGAAAACAAAGAAAUUUUUACCAAUUUACGACCAUCAGCUGUGAAACAUGUGCUGGAUGAUGGAGUGACAGGAGUUCUAGCCAGCCGUGACAAAGAAGGCCGCCCUGUUAUUGUAUUGCGACCAGGUAAAUGGGACGUUAGUCGAUAUGGAUUGGAUGACAUUUUCCGUACCAACUUCAUGACCUUGUCAAAACUUAUAGAGGAUGAAGAAACACAGGUUAAUGGUUUGAUAAUGGUCAUUGAUUUAAAAGAGAUGGGCUGGAACCAUGCAAAAAAUGUAUCUCCAUUUUAUGCCAAGCGUGUUGCUAGCUUAUUACAAGAUGCAUUCCCAGCGAGGUUUAAGGGUCUUCACUAUCUACACCAGCCUUCAUUCUUCGACUAUGUCUUUUCUAUCGUCAAACAGUUUCUGAAGGAAAAGACUGUAAGCAGACUUCAUUUCCAUGGUGAAAAACCUGAAGGUCUGACAGAAUAUAUCGACAAAGCUAACCUUCCAAAAGAAUAUGGAGGAGAACUACCACCAUUCUCAAAUAAGGACUGGGCAGAGACAUUGCUGAAAUGUGAUGAACAAUUUGACCAAGAAGCAAAAUACGGCCUUCUGGACUCUACAACCAAGGCAACUAAAUCUUCCAAAGCAGACGCCAUGGAGUGUCUAGUGGGGUCUUAUCGUAAACUGGAUGUGUAAAGCCUGGAAAAAAAAAACGAUUUGAAGCUACCAACGGAGAAAAAAAACCAGAAUAUCUUGAAUUUUUGUAUGGUGAAACAACACUGCUGUACUGGUCCGUCCAUUACACGAAAAUAUCUCCUAAACAUUCCAACGACGGAUCUCAUUUCUCCAGUUAUUGAUCUUAAGGUACACAAUAUUUAAUCUCAAGUAAGCCAGGGAAAACACCUUACUUCUGACUCAAAUUGAGUGGAUGGGCUGAUUACAAGACAAUUAAUAGCAAUCAAUGUGGAGCUAA